AAUAUCUCGAGGCGGAGUCUCACAGAAUCUCCUCGUCGUAUCCUGCAAAGUUGGCCGCUAUCGGAGCAAAGAGAAGAGAACAUCUUCCUACAUUACGGCUUCCAAAAAAAAAAAAAAUAAUAAUAAUAAUAACAGUAUGAAUCAGAAGACGGAGCGUCGCGGCAUCCACGUGGACCAGUCGGAGCUGCUGUGCAAAAAGGGAUGCGGUUACUAUGGCAACACGGCCUGGCAAGGACUGUGCUCCAAGUGCUGGAGGGAGGAGUACCAACGGGUACGCCAGAAGCAGAUCCAGGAUGACUGGGCCUUGGCUGAAAAGUUGCAACGCGAGGAGGAGGCAGCCGUGUACGCCAGCAGCCACGGCGCGCCGGCCCAGGGGCCGCAGCCCGCCCAGGGGCCGCAGCCCGCUCAGGCUCCGUCGCACCCGCCCCAGUCCUCGCUCGGAGCCUUUUCCAAGUUCGAGGAGAAGAAAACCAACGAGAAGACGCGCAAAGUGACGACCGUCAAGAAGUUCUUCAGCCCGUCCUCGCGCACCACUUCCAAGAAAGACUCAGCGGAGUUGAAGACGAGCAGCCCGUCCAUGGGCCGCCACGCCAGCUUCGACUCAGACCAGGUGUCCAAGGACUUCGUGGAGUUCCUGAAGAGCCUGCAGCGGCCCGGCCGGGAGAUCCACAAGCAGUGCCGCAGCUUCCUGCUCAGCGUGUCCGGCAAGAAGGAACUGAGCGCAGGAGAAGUGUCGGAGUGCGUUCAGGACUUCUACCAGGGCCUGGGCGAGCGCUUGAUGGGUCACUUCAAAGGUUCCUCCGAGGCAGUGGAGCAGGUGAUGGACCAGGUGGAGAAGUACAUCAUGACCCGUCUGUACAAAAGCGUCUUCUGCCCAGAGAACACCGACGACGAGAAGAAGGACCUGGCCAUGCAGAACAGGAUAAGAGCUCUCCACUGGGUGAACAUCCACAUGCUGUGUGUGCCCAUGGACGAGGAGAUUCCCGAAGCCUCAGAGAACGUGGUCAAAGCCAUCACGGACAUCAUCGAGAUGGACUCCAAGAAGGUUCCCCGGGACAAGCUUUCGUGCGUGACGCGCUGCAGCAAGCAUAUCUUCGCCGCCAUCGCCAGCACCAAGAGUGAGCCGGCGUCGGCCGACGACUUCCUGCCCGCGCUCAUCUACAUCGUCCUCAAGGCCAACCCGCCGAGACUGCAGUCCAACAUCCAGUACAUCACGCGCUUCUGCAACCCAAGCAGGCUGAUGACCGGCGAGGACGGCUACUACUUCACUAACCUGUGUUGCGCGGCGGCCUUUAUAGAGAAGCUGGACGCGCAGUCCCUCAACCUCACUCCGGAGGAGUUCCAGUCCUAUAUGUCAGGCCACGCCUCACCACACUCGGACCGGAACCGUCCCGACGGCCCCUCCGUCCCGGACUCCCAGUCGGACCCUUCGCCCCUUAACCCGGCGCUGGCCCAGCUCCAGCGUAACCUGGACCUCCUGUCAAGCCUGAGCAGGCGCCAAGAGACGCUGACGGAGGCGGCCCGCAGGCUUCAGGCCGAGCUGCUGUCCUGGUCCGACGGCGUGCGGCGGGAGGUCCGGGACGUCCUGCAGAAACACCCGCUGAACGUGAGCCGGCCCGCCGUGGCCGCCGCCGCUGACGACGACAACGCCGACCCCGACCUGCUCCCUGAGCCUCUGCCGCCCCAGGUGUUUGCUGGGUAAUGAAGUCCAAACAUUACACUCCCGCUUGGAAAAGUCCACACAUUACAGUUUCAGAGGCUUUUCGGGUUUAAUGAUCAACUCGUGCUGCAGCCUCACUCCAAACUGCUCAAACUUGAAAACGAAAUUGCGCUAACGCUGCUAUUUGUUUUACUUGAUUACAUUUUUUCACUAAUAUAACAUUGAGCUACAUUUUUUUUUCUGGAAUGGAGGGGGUGGGGGGAUGGCCACAUUAUUAGCUACAUACAGGAAAAUUUACAGGAAAAGAUCCAAUACAGAGCUGUUUUAAAAAGCAGUGUUAAUUCAUUUAAUUAAAAUUAUUAUAUAAUUAAGUUAUUUUUUUUUGCGGAAUAAGGUGUGACUAUAAUCAACGCUCUGGUCAAAUGUUUUUUUUUUUGUUAUAAAAGACAAAUUUAACAACACGUUUAUUAUAGCAUAUAAGGUCUUAUUAUUGUUAUUAACAGUAGUUCUCAAAAAUAUUACACCAAGUAUUUUAACUCCUAAAAAGUAUUUUGUAAGCCACUGCAACAUAAUGCACAAUUUUUUUAGGAUGAAAUGUAGGGAAAUGAAAAACAAGUACUUAAUUUCUCUUAUUCUCUAGUACAAUUUUUAAAAAAAUGGUACCAAAAUAAAUGUUUUUUUUAAUUCUUUAAGAUUAAAUGCAAAUGUUUUGAAGUUUUAAGAAAAUGAAAACCAAGUACUUAAUUUCUCGUAUUCUGUAGUAGAAUUUAAAAAAAAUUGUACCUAAAUAAAUGUUUUUUUAUUCUUUAAGUUUAAAUGCAAAUUUAUUGAAUUUUUAAGAAAAUUACAACUGAACUCACACUAUAAAGUGAUUCUUUCGCAUACCGCUAGAGGGAGCCAAUUUGAGAACGAUUUAUUUUCCGAAAAGCGCAUAAUUUUCCUCCCUCCAUUUUCUGAAGCGCUUAAUCUCACUCGCGACACCGGUGUGAUGUCUGCCUUUAAAUGUCUCCUAUUCUUUUACAAACGAUAAUAAACACUACAGUCAACACUUUAUCUUAUCACAAAUUUAUCUUUGAAAAGGCAAAUAUUUUUGUGGGUCGGUCAGCGUGCUCAAUAAGACUUGACUGCAAAAAUGACACGUAAUAAUAUUUCAACUUGACUGUGCUGUGUCUCUCAGAUUUACGUUGCCAUUAAACGCUCCAGUAUUAUAUUUGCUGCUAAUUACAAUGCUGUAAAAUGGAUUUUUAAAAAAAUGCAAUUAAACAAAGAAA